AUGGCUCCAAGGCUCGACACUCUCCCGAUGGAGAUUCUCCUCCACAUCGCUGAGAUGAGCACCUGGGGUGUUUCUCCCUCAUCCGACAAAGCCCACCCUGCGACCUACGCAAGAAACCACGCCUCGCUCGCCCGCACAUGCCGUUGGCUAUACGAAACGCUAAACGGUGCACUUUACAAGCGCAAUCUCAAGAAGGAUCCACCCACAGAAUCAUGUCUCCUCUGGGCGGUAAAUGUUGGCAGUCUCGGCACAGUCAAGCGCGCUGUGGCCUAUGGUGCAAACCUCGAUUUGCAAGUUGAGGUCGAUGAAAAGACGGCUUAUUGUCCACCGUGGGGGGCACUGAACCUUGAUCGAGCAGUAUCGCCACGGCGUCAGGCUACCUAUCCCCGUUACUUCUCUUUGCUUCACCUCGCCGUCGGGCACCUACAUGUGAAGAUCGUGCAAUACCUUCUAGAAAAAAGCGUCAACGUUCACGCACCAUCACUGAAUUUCUGGUGCGAGGACUCUCGGCCUCACGGCAGGACGCCCCUCUAUCCACUUUAUCUUUGCCUCUUCUCUGAGGACCACCUUGAAAUCAAAAAAGGCUGGCAUCCCCCCGAAAGAGAUAACCAUUCCUCCAGUAAUGAGUCGCUGUUCGAGGUAGUUGAACUUCUCGUGACCCACGGCGCCUUCCUGGUGGCCAAAGACGUUUCCGCGAUCUUCAAGCUUUACUCUCAAAAGCGCAAUGAUCUCGUAAAACGACUUCUUUCCUAUCCCGAUCCGGUAUCGCUUUGGAAUAACUUGCAUUUUGCAAUCUCAAAAAACAACAUUUCGCUAGCGACUGACCUCAUACAACGUGGCGCCGAUAUUGCAGCUGCUCACUCAGGGGGUGAUAAUGCUUUACAUAUCGCGGUCAACUUUUUCAAGGGCGAUUCCUCAAUAAUCAAGCUUCUCCUUCGUCAACCUCGAGUCAACUCCGCGGCUGAGAACAUGAAGAGUCAAACGGCGCUUCACUUCGCAUGCCGUAGCAGCAAUCUUGAAGUUAUUAGCAUGAUAGUACAACAACCAGGUGUGUCAGUGGCGCACGCUGAUGGCGAUGGCCGGACAUCCCUUCAUUAUACAUGCUAUAAUGAAAGUCCUGGCAUAUUAAGCAUCGUCAAGCUGUUGAUCGAUAUGAAAGUCCCCAUCAAUCAAACGACGAGAAAUGGCCAUACAACGUUAAGCCUCGCGCUCAGACGCAAGAGGUUCGACAUUGCUUCGAUGCUUGUAACUGAAGGAUGCGAUCCGACUGGUUGGGUGGCCGCGCCGGACUUUCAUGAUAUACGUCAUGUCUUUGCGGGGCUAGAGAAACUGGGAGCGAGUUCACAAACUGAACUUGUCCAAAGAAUCGUAGAUACCGGCGCUGACGUUGACAUUCCAUGUUUGUUUUCAUCAAUGCGCUUGGAAACAACACCAGUGUUUAUCGCUGCAUCGGCACUGAACGCCGACUGCAUGAGGGCAUUCCUUCAAGGAGGCGCCAAGUUGAACUCGGUCGUGAUCGACUGGUGGCAAAGGGAUCAUUACAGGACCCGGACUACGUUCUUGGUAGCACUCUUUUGUCAUCUAUUUGGCAAGCCCCGUCAUCGACCUUUAGUGACGAAGAAUCUCGAUAAGGCGGAAAAAGUCAUCGUGCUUGCACUCAGAUUUGGAGCCACUCUCGAGCGCUUACCCUCGCCCCAUUCGGAUUUCAUUUCGGCACUAGAGUACGGGGUUUUGGCAGCUGAGGAUGGGGACACGGCACUCUUGGAACUACUCCUGAAGCGAUCGACGGCAAGGAACGCGAGACGGAGUUUCCUAGCUCGGCUCAUUCGAAGUUCGGGCAAUGUGAUUAUACGGGAGAUGCUGAUCGACUUCAAAACUCGCCAACUAUCCUAA